GGAAAUGAAAACUUACCUAGUGAGGAUAUUGGAUGGCAUUUUGGUACUGCGGUGGACGGUAAUAGACAUGUUAUUAUGUGUAAGUUAUGUAGGAAGAUAAUCAAAGGGGGCAUUACACGCUUGAAACAACACGUGGCACAUAAAAAGGGUCAAGUAGCUGGAUGCUCAAAUGUGACCACACAAGUAAGAGAACAAAUGAUGAAACAUCUACAACAGUAUGCUGAGAAGAAAAGAGAUAAACAAAAAAGGUAAGAAGAAGCAAAAGCCCAAAUUAGAGGAGAUUUUGAGAAUUUGAGUGAUGAAGAAGACUUGGAAGAAGAAAGUAUGAGAUUUGCUCGACAAGAAAGCAUACGAUCACAACAACAAUGGGAAGAGAGACAAAGAUUUCGAGCAAGAACAACUGGAAGGAGACAUACGAUCACAACAACAAUAAGAAGAGAGACAAAGAUUUCGAGCAAGAACAACUGGAAGGGGUAAUAUUUAUGAAGAGGGAGGUGGCUCUGGCAUUGGUGGUGCUACCAGUGGUUUCAAUAGAGCAGGAGCUUGAUCUUAUAGUGGUCGAGAAGCUGGAGGUAGUGGAUGACAAUGGAUCAAUCCUGAUGCCCCUGAAGCUAGACUAAAGGCAAUGGAUCCUAUUUUAGAAAGAAGCAAGAGUGCGAAACAACCAAAAAUCAACACAAAGUUACUGAAAGGUUUAAGAAGUAAAUUUGGAAAAGCGGUUGGAAAAUUCCUAAUUUAUAAUCGGAUUCCAGCAAAUGCAGCUGACUCUCCAUUUAUGCAACCUAUGCUUGAUAUUGUUGCAGAGGUUGGAAAGGGGGUGAAGGGUCCAUCACCCUAUGAGAUAUCUGAAAUUUAUUUGGAGUAAGAGUAUCAAGAAAUGAAAAAUUAUAUAACUUCUUUUGCUGGAAUUUGGAAGGAGAGAGGUGUAACACUUAUGUGUGAUGGUUGGUCAGGACCAACUAGAAAACACAUUAUAAACUUUUUAGUUUAUUGUGAUACAGGCACCGUGUUUCAUAAAUCAAUUGAUGCCUCUGAUGUGCCAAGCAGAACAGCUGAAUAUUAUUUCAGGUAAUUUUUUAAUUUUAAUUGUAUAUGCAAAUAGUAUUAUGGACUUGCAUGUUUUUAAUUAAAUAGUAGUAAUUAUUGAAUCUAUAAUUUCAUUUCAGAUUAAUGGACGAGGUGGUUGAAGAAAUUGGAGAGGAGAAUGUUGUCCAAGUAGUGACUGAUAAUGAAGCUGCAAUGAAGGUAGGAGGAAAAUUAUUAAUGCAGAAGAGGCCCAAUCUCUAUUGGACAGCAUGUGCAGCUCAUUGCAUAGACCUUAUUCUUGAAGAUAUUGGUAAGAAAAGUAACGUGAAGAAGGUCUUAGAAGAUGCAAGAACAAUAACCUCAUUUAUUUACAACCACACAUGGGCAGUGAAUUUCAUGAAGAAAUUCACAAAGAAUAGAGAGUUACUUCGCCCUGCCAUCACUCGAUUUGCCACAAAUUUCAUUGUUUUGGAGACUAUUGUCAGGUAUAAACAAGCACUAAGGGAAAUGUUUACAUCUGAUGCUUGGAAAAACUCAAGGUUUGGAAUGGCAAAAUCAGGCCCAGAAUAUUAUCUUAGGCAAAGAUUUUUGGCAAAAGGCCUCUGAUAUAAUUAAAGUGCAAAAAUCCUUGGUGAAAGUUCUUAAAUUGGUUGAUGGUGAUGAAAAACCAACCAUGGGCUUCAUAUACGAGGCAAUUGAUAGGGCGAAGUUGGCCAUUCAAAAAGAUUGCCGGUUUUACAAAGACUAUUGAAAAAUUAUUGACAACUGGUGGAGUUUUUCAGUUGCACCAAGAUUUGCACGCUGCUGGGUAUUUUUUGAACCCACAAUUUCUUUAUGGUGCCCCACCCUCUCCUGAAGUUGUUAGAGAAGUCAUGGAUGGAGUUAAAAAAGUGAUAAUCAAGUUGGUACCCGAUAUAGAUACUCAAAUUCGGGCUAUUAAUCAAUUGUUGCUAUAUCGAGAUAGACAGAAGACUUUUGGAACCCCGUUGGCUCAAAGGACAGUGAAACAAACAAAUCCUGCUGAAUGGUGGAUUCAUUAUGGCUUGUGUGCUCUUGAGUUCCAAAGAAUAGCAAUUAGAGUUCUUAGUCAGACCACAUCAGUUUCGAACUGUGAGCGUAAUUGGAGCACCUUUAGCCUCAUUCAUACGAAAACAAGAAAUAGAUUAAAGUACAUGAGACUACAAAAACUUGUUUUCGUACAUUACAACAUGAGGUUAAAGUUAAGACGUACAAUGAGAAGAAGCCAACGAGAAAUUGAAGAGGGUUUCAAUCCUAUCAAUUUGGACUACAUUUUCGAAGAAGAUGAUCCUUUAAGUCAAUGGUUAGAGGAGAGAGAGACACCACUACUCGAUGGUCAGGACAAUUCAAAUUGGUUAAAUGAAGAGGUUGGUGGUACUACAGAAGGAGGUGAUCAACCACCAAUAAACGCGCAUGAUGAUUCAAGUUCAAGUCCUGAACGUACACAAAGUGAUGACAAUCUUGGUUUGAGCCCACCAAGUGAUGAUGAUGGUAAUAGUGGUGCUGGAGCUAGGGUUGGGGGGCGGGUGGCAGUGGUGGUGGUGGAGGCGGCGGUGUAGAAUAUAAUUAUGGAUAUGAUAUAGGAACAUCAUUUGGAAGGGAUAUAUAUCCUUCUGAUCCUUAUGGACUACAUGACAUACCUGAAAAUUAUGACUUGGGUAUUCCUCCAGGGAACCAAUCUUCACAACUCAGGAGAAGGAGUGCUCAUGGUGACCCUAGCGAUUCUACUGAAGAUUCCUAUGGUGUGGUUCGUAGUUUUGGCGACUUUGGUUUAGAUGGUUCAUCAUCACAAUCAUAUGGAUCUCAUCCAGCAUAUCCACAUUAUGCAUCUCGUGACUCACAUUUUUAUCCCAGUGGAUCAGGAAUCUCAGGAUCUAGUGAGUCUUCUUCUACACACUACCCAGAGCCAGCGCCUGCCCCAACUUAUAGACAUUAUUCAGGAGAAUUUUUAUCACCAGUACAUUUUCAAGAGCAACAACAAAAUGACGCAAACUUGGGUUCAUUCAACUAUGUAUUUCCACAAGGAUGGAGAGAUAAUUUCCCAUCCCAAUCUCAAGUUACAGAUGCAAAUUAUGAAGACCCUCCACGUCAUUCUUUUUGGUGGUGACAUGUGUUAUGUUAUAAAUUUGUAAUAUUGUAUUCAUGUAUUUUCAACUAUUUAUUGAUAUUUGAUAUUAAUCACUUUU